AUGGCCAUCCCUCAGCAAACCGGUACAAUCACCACGACCGCAGCUCCGAUGGCGAUCACUCAAGGCCCCGAGCUCUGGUGCCCGAAAGGACAAAUCGCCAUCUACACGACAGACUGUACAAUGGGAACCUCGGUAUCAUACUGCUACAGUCCAGACCGUCCAGUCGAGUGCGAACAGGGAUUCUUUCCAUCAGUCUGGCAUCCAGAUCACUGCAUGGAGCAGUCGACCUGUUUCCCGCUCAAAGAACCCUGGAUUACGACCAGUUGCUCUAACGGUGCGAUUCCGUUCUGGACGUCGACUAUUUAUGACGGUACCCUCGCAGGAGGACACUCGACUGUGAUCAAGGACCAAUGGUACAGCAUGACCCAGCGAGACGGCUCCUCGCACUAUGACACCUUCUGUAUGCCGCACAGCUACUGUCCACGCGGUAUGACCACUUCCGUCUCGCUCAAUGAGUACUGCGCUACCCAGUUGGCGGGCUUCUGUAAAUGCGCCCACGCGAAGCAGACUCCUGUCUACCCCGAUUGGCCUGGUGCGUGGCCGACAGGGUGCAAGUUCUGA